UCAGCGUCGUAAAUUGAAGAUUAAAUAAUGUGUGGAUUCGUUAUAAAACAAAUUGGAAAAAAGUGAUAGACACAUAAUAUACGACCGGUCUAACUUAAUAAUUAAUAUAUAACAGUUUCAUGUAUAAGAAGCAUUAGUUUUUGUGGAACUACAAGAGAGAAGAGUCCAAAAUGCCAGCCAACUUUUCUCAUUUACAGACAAACGCGCAGAAGACAUACAUCAUGCAAUCGAAAAAACCAUUCGCCACUAUCCUUUGCGUAAGCGGUAGCUGUUUCACAUUCGUCAUCGUCGGAAUCCUUUUCAUCACCCUCUCGUCCUACGUAUAUGAAGCCAUCCUCAAUGAUCAAUUGAUCCUAUCACCUGGUAGCAAUGCUUUCAACUUAUGGAUAAAAAAUCCGGUUCCACUGGCGCUGACAUUGCAUUUGUUCAAUUGGACGAAUCCCGAAGAAAUUUAUACCAAAGGCGUUAAACCUAGAUUCGAAGUACUAGGACCUUAUGUAUAUGAUGAAACUAAAGAGAAAGUUGAUAUUGUUUGGAACGAUAACGGUACCGUUACUUAUAAAAAUCUUAAAAAAUGGUGGUUUAACCAAGAUAAAAGUAAAGGUUCCAGUUAUGACCCUUUUACCAGCAUAAAUCCAAUUGCUUUGUCAGCAGCUUACAGUAUUCGAAAUUGGCACGUAUUGUUGAAAAAACCUUUCGCUGCGUCGCUUAGAGCAAUGACGUCAAAUAUUUGGACAACGCAUUCGGUGCACGAGGUUCUUUUCGAUGGAUACGAAGAUCCAUUACUCACAUUAGCAACAAAAAUGUCGUUUUUCCCGAAAAGUCUCCACAUGGAUAAAUUCGGUUGGUUUUACGGUAGAAACGAUUCAUCUGACUUUGAAGGCAUCUUCAACGCGGAUACUGGAGUGGAAGGUCAAAUCGGAGAAUUAAAAUCAUACAGGUACUCAACACACACCGGUUAUUACCCUGACCAUUGUGGAGCCUUCGAAGGCUCCUCAGCUGGAGAUUUCUUCCCCAGACGUUUAACGAAACAAUCAGUUAUAAAAUUAUUCAACUCAGAUCUCUGUAGAUAUAUGGAAUUGGAAUUCGAGAAAGAAGUUCAUGUACAUGGAAUAGUUGGAUUCAAAUAUUCUGCUGGAGACAGAUUUUUAGAUAACGGUACCAAGAUACCAGAAAACAAAUGUUUUUGUGACGGAGACUGCAUGCCAUCUGGAGCAUUGAAUGUUUCGAAUUGUAGACACGGAUCUCCAGCAUUCGUUUCACUACCACAUUUCUACAAAGCCGAUCCGUAUUACAUCAAUUCCGUUGAGGGGCUAAAUCCUAACGAGAACAUUUCCGAUUUUUUUAUGAUAUUCGAACCAAAUAUUGGUAUUCCUCUACAUGUAUCAGCAAGGUUACAAUUAAAUUUACGACUCCAGGAAAUAUCGGGUAUUGGAUUAUUCGAAGAUGUACCGACAGUAUUUUUUCCAGUGUUAUAUUUCGAACAACAGGUUGUUAUACCAGAAAAUAUGGCGUUUUUGAUUAAACUGCUGAUCAACUUCCAAACUAUUUGUAUUUCAAUUGGUAUCGUAUGCAUAAUAUCAGCGGUGAUUAUUUUUACUUGCGGUUUUUGUCAUAUACGAAAUGGGCAUGUAUUUCGUAGAGAUAAGAAGAUGAAAUAUAUACCAAAAGAAGAAAUACCUCUUAAUCGACAAAGAAACUCUCGACUAAAACAUCGUCGUCGACAGAUAGGCCAAGUCUGUCUAUUACUCCUUGGUUUGAUCCUCAUCGGCGUAGGCGUUUCUAUACUCGUCUUCUUCGAAACCAUUUACGAGCUGAUAUUAAUUGAUGCGCUCAAAUUUACACCAACAUCUAAAGCUUACCAAGAAUGGUUGACCAAUGAUCCACCUUUAGACUUGAAUAUAUAUUUGUUCAAUUGGACAAACCCUCAACGAAUAAAUAAUAUUGAGGUUAAACCGGAAUUUCAAGAAGUGGGACCUUAUAAAUUUAAAGAAGUCAAGGAAAAAAUUAAUAUAUCUUGGCACGAGGAGAAUUCCACCGUUAGUUUUUCGCAUAUGAAAUUUUAUUAUUUCGAUGACGAAAAUAGUGCUAGAAAAUUGAGCGAUGUGAUAUCUACUAUCAAUGUUGUUCCUUUGACAAUUAGUUACAAGUCUAGGCUUUUCAAUUGGUUAACCAGAAGGUUAAUCUCGGCGGCAUUAUCAAGUGUAUCGAGUCUCCAUGUUACAAAAAACAUUUCUGAGAUACUCUUUGAAGGCUACGAAGAACCUCUUUUAGAAACUUUAUCGAAGUUUCCAUUUUUAAACGUCCAAGAUAAAUUUGGUAUAUUUUACAGAAAAAAUGCUACUAUCGGUAACGUUGGAAUCUACAGUAUGUAUUACAAAAACGAUGAGGAUUUCGGAAAAAUGUUGACUUGGAAUUACAAGAAUCAAACGAGUUACUACGAAGGACAUUGUAACGAUAUAAAAGGCUCUGCUGGAGAGUUUUAUCCUAUAAAUAGGAAAAGGGAUAAACUCGUCGUAUAUUCCGGCGAACUUUGUAAAUAUGCCGAACUAGAAUACGUAGAAGAUGUCAUUAUUAAAGGUGUCUUAGGAUAUAAAUAUACUGGGGAUUAUAUUUUUGAUAAUGGUACAAAACGUCCUGAAAACCAGUGUUUUUGUGUGGGAGAAUGUAUACCAUCGGGAGUAUUUAACGUCUCAACGUGUAGGGAUAAUUCCCCUAGCUUUUUAUCGUUUCCACAUUUUUAUGGAGCUGAUCCUUAUUAUACGAACUCAAUUGAGGGAAUGAAGCCAGAUAAGACCCUACAUGAAUUUUACAUCAUUAUCGAACCGAAAUCCGGAGUUGUGAUGGAAGUACAAACAGCAAUGCAAGUAAAUAUGUUACUUCAACCAAUUCCAAGCAUACGAUUGUACGAAAAAGUGCCAAAAGUGUUUGUGCCUCUAUUUUACUUCACUCAAAAAAUCAAUUUAAAAGACGACAUCGCCAGUAGCCUUAGACUGAUACAGAAUCUACCAGAAUACAACAACUAUUUAUCCUACAUACUUUUAGGUUUAGGUAGCGUUUUCAUUCUUUGGACAGUGUGUUCGUGUUUAUGUUGCAAAACACAAAAACAAACUUUCCAAAUUAAUGGUAAAAAACCAAAGUUCCAUGACGAAAUUCCGCUCAGACAGAGAAAAUAAACACGUAUUUUGUUACUAGUAACAAGUUUGUUAUGGAAAUAUAUUUUUUUAAAUAUC